AUGCGGCGAGUGGCGCGGCUGCCGCCCGCCAUUGGCGUCCUGCACGCGAUACGUGCCACGCGGCGCGCCGCGGUUUGGCCGCUGUGCAUCUCCCGCCGCCGCCUCAGCGGCGCCGCCCCCUACGGCAGCGUCCCGGCCGACAUUGACGAGUCCCGCCACGCGCAGAAGCCCCGCGAGGAGGACGUGCUGCGUGGCGGCAGUGGCGGUGGCAGCGGCGGUGGCAGCGGCGGUGCGGCGGCAGCGGCGGCGGGGUACAACCCGUGGGAGGUGCUCGGGGUGCGGCCGGGGGCCUCCGCUCAGGCGGUUCGGCUGCGCUACCACGAGCUGAUGCGGGAGCUGCACCCGGAGCUGGACCCGCGCGGGGUGGGCAACAUCCCGCGGCUCAACCAGGUCAACAAGGCCUACGAGCUCAUCACGCGGAGCCCGACGCUGGACCGCCGCUACCGCAACCUCGUCAGCGACACGCAGUACGUCUACUACAAGUUCCUGCCGGAGUGGAUGGCCCGCAACGUGGACGAGAUGCCGCGGUACUGGAGCUGGGUCAAGUGGCGCACCCCCGGCGCCUUCCAGGUCUUCCUCUGGUGCUGCGGCUGCUACAUGGUCGGCCGCUUCUACGCCGCCUUCCCGCUCCUCACCACCAUCUUCGUGGCGUCGGUAGUCUUUGACAUCCUCUUCCACACCAUGACGGCCCCGGCGACGUGCUCGAUGCUCUUUCUCUACUCCAUCAUGAGCGCGCAGAGCUACGACAUGGCGUGGCUGACAAGCCCCAAGUCAUUCCUGCGCCGCGAGCUCGGCUACUAA